GUAUGAGUAUUUAUUCUGGAUAGAUUCCCACUGAACAGACAGCCGUCCGGUGACCCUGUACAACACGGUCAUGGGUAUUCAACUUCUUGUCAUUGUGACUAUCUGCGUCGUCACACAGAUAACCAACUUCUUCUGCCUGGCUGACCCAUGUGCGACUGUCAGAUGCGGACCUGGAAAAGUCUGUCGUCUCCAGCAGGUGUAUUGUAUUCGAGCUCCAUGCCCACCUAUACCAGUAUGCCGUGCGAGUAUUGUCGAUAUAACUAAAUGUGGCCCUGGAGCCGGACCGGUGCUGGGCAUGGACCAGAACGAAAUAUUUUGCGGACGUGGUCCUAAUCGGCGGUCAUGUCCGGAUCACACUGUAUGUAAGAUUCAUCCGACAGACAGGUUCGCAGUUUGCUGCUGGAAAGGGCCUAUAAACCAACAGAAGCCAGGAUUUUGUCCCUUUCCACGACCAGGGAUGGGCAUCUGCAUUGCAAAAUGUUCAUCCGACUUCGACUGCCCAGGGAGAAUGAAGUGUUGCGGGAACUGCCCUCGUGAGUGCAGGCGCCCGGUUCCCAUUGCUAAACCAAAGCCAGGGAGGUGUCCUUCCUUCUUCCUUCCCCGUAACUGCCGCAACAAGUACAAAUGUCGCAUAGAUUCCGACUGUAAAAGAAACAUGAAGUGCUGCGGCUCCCGCUGUGGUAGAAUCUGUAAACGGCCCAGCUGGGGAGUCUCCAUGGUGGCCUUUUAUGUUCGACAGUGAUUAGAUGGCAAAUUAAAAAUGGAUGUUGAA